AUGGCUACUCAACUCGACAUCCGCACGGCAGAGCUCAGAGAGCCUGUCGAUGCUGUUACUUACCUCUUUACCAGACUUAAGCAGAUAGGGAUCGAUUCGGUCCACGGCCUACCCGGAGAUUUCAACUUGGUUGCUCUCGACUACCUUUCAGAUUGUGGUCUCAAGUGGGUGGGCAAUUGCAACGAGCUCAAUGCGGGCUAUGCAGCAGAUGGCUACGCUCGCAUCAAAGGGAUCUCAGCGGUCAUAACCACCUUCGGCGUGGGCGAGCUGUCCCUUCCCAACGCCAUUGCGGGAUCCUACGCUGAAUUUGUGCCUGUCGUCCACAUCGUCGGAACCCCGAGCACUAUCUCCCAAGCUAAUGGAAUGCUGCUUCACCACACCCUUGGCAAUGGCAACUUCCAGGUGUUUGCCGAUAUCGCCUCUCGGCUUGCUGUGGACGUCGCCAAACUAAGCGACCCUCGAGACAUUCCUGCCCAGAUUGAUCAUGCACUCCGCGAAUGCUACGUUCAAAGCAGACCGGUCUAUAUUACACUGCCUACAGAUAUUGUCAGGAAGAAGGUGGAAGGUGAAAGACUGAAAACCAAGAUUGAUCUCAGCCCUCACUCAAAUGACCCGGAGAAGGAGGAUUAUGUGGUUGAUGUCGUGCUGAGGUACCUUACCCAGGCAAAGAACGCAGUCAUCUUGGUCGAUAGCUGUGCCAUUCGCCACCGAGUCUUGGACGAAACACGCAAGUUCAUCGAGAAAUCCGGGCUUCCGGUCUUUGUGGCACCCAUGGGCAAAGGUGCCGUCGACGAGACCCUACCCACCUUUGGUGGUGUAUACGCCGGCGAUGGCUCGAACCCUGGAGUGCAAGAGCGUGUUGAAAGUGCCGAUCUACUCCUGACCAUUGGCAGUGUCAAGUCGGAUUUCAACACGGCAGGGUUCACGUACAGGACUUCGCAGCUCAGAACCAUCGACUUUCACAGCACCUACAUACGGGUUCGUCACUCAGAAUACCCUGGGAUUGGCAUGAAGGGCGUUCUCCGCAAACUCAUCGACAGACUGCCCAAACUCAAUAUUGAGCCAGGACCAACACCUCCUCAGAACCUGAUACCCCAGGCUGAAGACGCAAGCGACCCUGCCGUCACGCACGGUUGGUUUUGGCCUCGCAUGGGCCAGUGGCUGCAAGAAGGCGAUAUCGUGCUUACCGAGACCGGAACAUCAAACUAUGGCAUCUUCAAUGCCCGGUUCCCAAAGAAUGUGACAAAUAUUAGUCAGAUUCUGUGGGGAAGUAUUGGGUACGCCACAGGUUCGUGCCAGGGUGUGGCACUAGCUGCCCGAGAACUUGGUGGCAAGCAUCGGACCAUUCUCUUCACCGGUGAUGGAAGCUUCCAACUCACGGCGCAAGAACUCAGCACAAUGAUCCGGCAUAAGCUCAAUCCCAUCAUCUUCAUCGUCUGCAACGACGGCUACACAAUUGAGCGUUUCAUUCACGGAAUGGACGCCGGGUAUAAUGACAUCCAGAAUUGGAGAUACAAAGAUCUCCCUGCCGCCUUUGGGGCCCAAGAAGGGACAUACAAGACCUACCAAGUGAGGACGAAGGACGAAGUCGAUGCCCUGUUCCAAGACGAGAACUUUUCAAAAGCUCCCUAUCUCCAGUUGGUUGAACUUUACAUGCCCAAGUAUGAUGCUCCUGCUGCCUUGAAAUUGACCGCGGAGGCCAGCGCUCGUAACAAUGCGAAAACAUGA